UGUGCUUAACGGAAGAGAUAUUAUUAUUAUUUUUUUUUGUCCAUGCGAGUCUUAGGUGGACAUAAAUUGUGAGUGAAGGGAUUGCGGAGUGGUGACGCAUGUGUGGAUAAUGUAACAAAUGUCUCUUGGAACAAUGAAACGUCUCAAAAUGGUGGCCUGUGGCGAUGUGACGGACAGCUUUAUUAUUACCAAAAGUGCAUCCCAACGAUGGACGAGCUGCUGCAUCCUACUAAGAUGACCCUUCACCUUUGUCUCCCUCUGCUGGCCAUGCUGCUGCAGCCCACCCUCUGUCUCUACAACUGCUCCUCUGAGUAUGACAGAGUACCAGACAGUUCUGACCUGAUGGUGGACUGCGGCACCCGCGUAAUCACCCUGGAGAUCAACCUCUGCACAGCCCAGUGGGCGGGCUUCAACUCCUCCAACAUGGCGCUGAACAGCAAGCACAACAUCACAGAAUGCCAGGGCUCCGUCGACUCCACCGUGGACCCGCCCAUCAUCCGAUACCAACUUCCGGUCAACGACAGCGCCGACAAUCUGUGUCGGCAGUCACUCCAGAUCGUGGACGAGGCCCCGGAUCCCACAGGCCCUUUCAGCAACUUCCUGAGCAUCCAGUCAGUCAUCAUCACGGGCUUCAUCGACACCCCCAGAUCGGAGCAGGGGGUGAUCAGCUACUCCACGGACCUCUACUACCACUUCUCCUGCCGCUACCCUUUGGAGUACCUCCUCAACAACACACACAUCGUGGCCUCCUCAGUUUCGGUGGCAACAAGCGACAACAACGGGACCUUCAUCGACACCCUAAAAAUGAGUGUUUUUAAUGAUUCCAACUACAACUAUCCGUUAAUCGUACCUUCCACUGGGCUGCAGCUGCGAACAAGAGUCUACGUGGAAGUAAAGGCAGUGAACCUGACCGGAAAUUUCCACGUGCUGCUGGAUCACUGCUUCGGAACGCCGAAUGCGUACAACAUGUCUCACAAUGAGCAGCACAACUUCUUCACUGGAUGCUCAGUCAACGAAAGAGUGAUCGUAGGCAGCAACGGAGUCUCCAAGAUGGCCCGUUUCGACUUUGAGGCCUUCCGCUUCAUUCAGCACCGUGACCAGGCAAAGUCCAGCAUCUACUUGCACUGCAUCCUCAGACUCUGCGAGCCCACCAAAUGUCAAGAACUGCUGAACGCUUGUAACACCAGAAGAAAAAGAUCCCUGACUCCUUUCGGACAAGAGAGCAGCGAAUCCGCUACUGUUUCUGUCGGACCGCUGUACACCUCCGGGGAAGAAACAGACAGGCCUGCCGCAGCUCCCUACCCUUUAAGUGACACUGCGACAUCAGAGAGGCAUGACACGGACAUAACAGGCCUGGUGGUCGGCGUCGUUUUUGGCUCGGCCGCCUCCGCUCUGCUGGUCCUUGGCGGCUGGUUUGUUCUGAAGAAAUUUUAUUGGGCGGGACCUCAUGCCUUUAACUGAGAUAUUGUUUAUAUUUUUUCUACCUAAUCUGAGGUUUAUUUGGAAUUUACAAAAAUUAGAGAUUUAAAAAAAAAACAAAAAAACAAA